UGACGUCGGUUCGUGUUCGUCCUUUCCAGAAAAAAUGGCAGCUGUUGACAUCGACGUGCCGGUGGACAUGGAGACACAAAUCUGCAAUCCGGAGGACAUGGAACGUCAAGCUGAAGGCUUCAAAGAACAAGGAAAUGCUUUCUACAGCCAGAAAGAUUACUCUGAGGCUUUCAACUAUUAUACUAAGGCCAUCGAUGCAUCCCCCAAAACUGCCAGCUAUUACGGCAACAGGGCGGCCACCCUCAUGAUGCUCCGUCGCUUCAGAGAGGCCCUAGAAGAUUCCCAGCAGGCUGUGCGGCUGGAUGACUGUUUCAUGAAGGGUCAUCUGCGUGAAGGCAAGUGCCACCUGUUGUUGGGAAAUGCCAUGGCGGCCAGUCGCUGCUUUCAGAAGGUUCUGGAGUUGGAGCCGAGCAACAGAGAGGCCCAGCAGGAGAAUAAGACUGCAGAGACUCUGCUGGAGUUCGAACGCAUGGCAGAGUUUGGAUUCGAGAAGCGGGAUUUCAGAAAGGUGGUGUUCUGUAUGGACCGGGCCUUAGCUGUGGCUUCUGCCUGCCACCGUUUCAAGAUCCUCAAGGCCGAGUGCCUGGCUCUGCUGGGUCGCUAUCCAGAAGCCCAGUCAGUAGCGAGUGAUAUCCUGCGAAUGGAUUCCACGAAUGCAGAUGCUCUGUACGUCCGAGGCCUGUGUCUGUACUAUGAGGACUGCAUCGACAAAGCUGUACAGUUCUUUGUCCAGGCUCUGCGCAUGGCACCCGACCACGAAAAAGCCCGGCUAGCCUGCAGGAAUGCCAAAGCAUUAAAAGCCAAAAAAGAGGAGGGCAACCAGGCAUUCAAGAACAACAACUAUGAAGUUGCCUAUCAGCUGUAUACCGAGGCUCUGGCGAUAGACCCCAACAACAUCAAGACCAACGCUAAACUCUACUGCAACAGAGCCACUGCUGGAGCAAAGCUGAAGAAACUUAAUGAAGCCAUUGACGACUGCACCAAUGCGAUCAAACUAGAUGACACUUACAUCAAGGCCUACUUAAGAAGAGCUCAGUGUUACAUGAACACAGAGCAGUAUGAGGAGGCCGUACGGGACUAUGAAAAAGUUUAUCAGACAGAAAAAACAUCAGAUCACAAGCACCUGCUGAAGAAUGCACAGCUGGAGCUGAAGAAGAGCAAAAGGAAAGAUUACUACAAGGUGCUCGGGGUCGGCAAGAACGCCACAGACGACGAGAUCAAAAAGGCCUAUCGCAAACGAGCUCUUAUGCACCACCCAGAUCGCCACAGCGCAGCGACUCCAGAGGUGCAAAAGGAGGAGGAAAAGAAAUUCAAGGAGGUGGGUGAGGCUUUCACCGUGCUCUCCGACCCGAAGAAGAAGAUCCGCUACGAUAACGGACACGACCUGGAUGAUGACGGGUGCUCUGAUGGGAGAGAUUUCGAUGCAAACAACAUCUUCAGGGCUUUCUUCGGCGGCCACGGUGGAGGAUAUAGUUUUGAUUCCAGUCCAGAUUCUGGACCCGGAAAUUUCUUUUUCCAAUUUGGCUAAAGCAAAGGAGCGUGUGGAAGAAUGCAGCCCUGCAAUGGACAAAACGAAGUUGGACUCACAGCCACCCCAUGAUGCUCGUUCCUUUGAGUGUCUUGCAAAAAAAUCUCCUCACUUUUCUUUUUUUAAAGAGGUUUUUGAUUAUUGCAUUCACUCCUAAAUUUAGUCCCUACAUUGAUGCUAACAAAUAUUGGGGGGGAGGGAUAAUUCAGAAGGUUUAGUUAUGGGGUAACAUUGUAAAUAAAUAAAGAGGUGCUUUUUUUUUUUUUAAGAGGUUUGGAUCAAGCUGUUCGGCGCAUGUCCCUAUUGCCAAAAUCAAAAUGAUAUGAAGUCUAAUCUUGUAAAACUGCUGGAAAUGUAAGCAUCAUGGUUGAGUAGUUUUAGAAGAUCUAACGUGGUAUAUGUUUUUAAGGUUCAUCCUUCUUGGACAGCAUGUCUCUAUAGAGCAAGAGUCGAUGUACUGUGGAAGUUCAAUGUCAUAACUGACCUCAGGACAGCCUGGUAAGGACAACGCUGGUCUCCUGCGGGUGUGUGUCCAGGUUUUAUUGGCUCACUUGCCAAAUAUAGAAUCAACGUGCAGGGUUUUUGUUUAUUCUCCUCUUCCUCAUGCUGCAUUGUAUAUUUGACUCGACUGUAAAUCGUUUUGUGUCUAUAAAUCUUUCUCCUUCAGUCUUCCCCCGGCCUAUUUAUAUUUAUUGUACUGUAUAUUCUAACAUGUACACAUACGGAUGCCAGUGCUUUUUUUUUGUUUAAGAGGCUCAUUUGUAAAUGCGUUGCACAUUUUCCUCUCAAAUCGUGAGGCCAAAAUCAACACAUCUACACCCACACCCACCUUUGUCCGCUGUUGAAAGCACCAACCGAGCAUCGGUCCUACUGUUCCCCAUUCAAAUUCAAGUGGUGCCUUACAAGAAUGAUCAGUUAACCUCCUUAAACUGAAACCUACAUCAAAAGCAGUGAGAGCGAGCCACAUCCCAUUUCCAAAAAUCAUCAGCCAUGUAUAGCAUGUUUUUUUUGUUUGUUGUUUUGCUCUUUUUUUAGAACAUUUGUCAUAUCUGACCAGUGAACAUAACUGAAGGCGAAUUCUUCAUCCUGACAAAC